AUGCCGCCGCCGCCGCUGGCCUUUGAGGCCGUGGUGCCCGGCCAGCCUCCACCGCACCCACACGCCUACCACCCCGGGGCCGCCGCGCCGCCGCCCUCCGCCCGCACGCCGCAACUCCCACCCCCGCAGAUCCGACAUCCGCCGCCGCCGCCCACGCCCGUCACCACGCUCUUCCAGGGCCGCAUCUUCGCGCUCGAUGUCGUGCAGCAGCCCAUCCGCGCCCGCAUGUGCGGUUUUGGCGACAAGGAUCGUCGCCCCAUCACACCACCCCCAUGUGUCCGCUUACGGGUGAUGGAUAGCGAGACGCAUAAGGAAAUCGACGUUAUGGAAAUCGACACCUCGUUUUUUGUGCUGACCGUGGAUCUAUGGAACGCCGACGGCGACCGCGAGGUCAACCUGGUGCGGCACUCGGCCACGUCACCGUCGAUCUCGACCGCCAGCGCGUCGUCCUUCCCGCCACCACCACCGAUGCCACAAUACCCGCCGUACGCGCCGGCCAUGUACGCCGCAUCGGCGGGCUACGCACCGUACUACACGUCGCCGCCAGCGGCGUAUCCGUCGCCCGCUCUGGCGUACUCAGCCGCGCCCGGGCAGGCGUACUACCCAAUGGCCGCGGCGCCGGGUUACUACGCGGCGGGCGGGCCGGCGAUGGCGCCACCAUCGGUGAUGGCACCGCCGCUGGCACCGACGCAGCCGACGGGCAUGUUCACGCGCAACCUGAUCGGGAGUCUGAGCGCCAGUGCGUUCAAGCUGACGGACCCGGACAACAAGCUGGGCAUCUGGUUCAUUCUGCAGGACCUGAGCGUGCGCACCGAGGGCUCGUUCCGGCUGAAGAUGAACUUCGUCAACGUGGGCGCGGACCCGGCGGACUCGAUGGAGUCGGGCCCGGUGCUGAACCACGGGUCGGCGCCGGUGCUGGCGAGCGUGUUCUCGGAGGUAUUCCAUGUGUUCUCGGCGAAGAAGUUUCCGGGCGUGAUCGAGAGCACGCCGCUGAGCAAGUGCUUUGCGAUCCAGGGCAUCAAGAUCCCGAUCCGCAAGGACGGCGUCAAGGGCGCGCGAGGGGCGGCGGCGGCGUUGGCGGCGGUUAAGGACCGCGAGGACCUGGACGACUGGGAGGACUAG